AUGUCAGAUGAAUUAUUUAAAAUACAAAUACAAAUACAAAUAAUGCGAAUGAAGACCCGUAUCGCCGCCUGCCAAUUUGCCACCGAAGAUGCGAAGAAUCCUAUAAUCCUUCCUAGACAACACCACAUUACCACUUUAAUAAUAAACCACUACCACAAUAGUUACCACCAUCAGAACCACGAAACAGUGAUAAAUGAGCUGCGCCAAAAAUACCAAAUCGCUCGUUUACGCUCGUGCUACAGUCAAGUUCGCCAGAAAUGCCAAAGAUGCAUGAACGAAAGAGUUAAGCCGACAAUUCCGAUUAUGGCUGACCUCCCACCCGGACGUCUUGCGGCAUUCUGUAGACCAUUUACCCACGUGGGCGUCGAUUACUUUGGCCCUAUUGAAGUUGUUGUUGGCAGAAGACGUGAAAAGCGUUGGGGAAUGUUGGCAACAUGCUUAACUAUCCGAGCCAUACAUAUAGAGCUCGUCCAUUCGCUCAGCACCGAUUCAUGCAUAAUGGCCCUCCAGAAUUUCAUCGCUCGACGUGGUCAGCCACGAAAAAUCUACAGCGAUCGAGGAACAAAUUUCGUCGGAGCGAACAGAGAGCUGCAGAACCUCCAAACAACAAUAAACCAUGACGAAAUUAUGAGGGAGUCCACAACCACUGAUACCGAAUGGGUGUUCAAUCCUCCGCUAGCACCACACAUGGGCGGUAGCUGGGAACGGUUAAUACGAACCGUCAAAAACAACUUGUCAGCUAUCUGCUUUACCAAGGCCCUGACUGAUGAAGUCCUGAGGAAUCUCCUAAUCGAGAUCGAAAAUACCGUUAAUUGCCGUCCCUUAACACAUGUACCAGUUGAUGACGACUCCGGCCCGGCCUUAACACCAAACCAUUUCUUGGCAGAACAUGUGUACGUCACAGAUCCUAGCGAAUACGUUUUGGAAACGAUGGGUAACGGACUACCUACCGGAGAUUACUCGUCGGUCAAAGUGGUUCCAGUUAACCAAGCCCAUGGCGACCGGAGAUAUUGUCGUGAUUGUCGACCCGAAGCUACCCCGGAACUGCUGGCCAAAAGGAAAGGUUAUUUUUACAAAAGCUGGUCGCGACGGUCAAAUUCGGUCAGCUACUGUGCAGACAGUCGCCGGAGUCUACGAGCGUCCGGUGGCGAAGUUGGCGAUCCUAGAUGUACAGCGCGUGGAGUUGUAAGCCAACCGGUUGUUGGCGUACCCUGGGGGAGUCUUGGCCUAUCCCAUUCGGCCAGCGCGCAUCUAUUGUCGCGGUCUCUAUAUUGUUCGCAACCUUGCGAACAAGACUGCGGCCGUGAUGGGAGAUGA